AAAGCACAAUAUAGUGUAAAUGGCCUCACUGGGGUUUGGGUUAUAACCAGAAAAUAUGGCCUGAGACUAUGUAAUAUGGAUCAAAAGCAAUCCAGAUAUAAUACCAUUUUUUAAACAAUAAUGAAUAAAAGUGAAUAUAGAUUGCCAAAAUUGAAUGACCCGCUUUGUGACGCCAAUUUGAAUUCAUUAACAUUCACUUACAAAAUACAAGAGAAUUUAAAUAAACUUGAAAAUCAAUUAAAUUUCAAACAUGAUCCCAGUGAUAAUAACAGUGAUGAGAAGAAUGAACCUAUACUAAAUAAAGAAAAACCGUUUAUUUUAAAAUUUAUUGAACAUCAAAAUAGGUUGUGUAGAAAUCAUAAUAACAAUAAAAAUGUAAGAAAUACAGCUCCACACAAAAGGAUAGAGAAAUAUACAGUGGAAAAAAAGAAAUUACCAAUAGUAGAAUGUAUGCAGUGCUCUUUGACAAAUGUCCCGAAAACAAAAACAGCGAAAGAAAUCAGUCUUAAUGAUGAAAUUAGUCAAAAUAACAGUGAAAAGCUGGAUGGUAGACCCUCAGAGAAAGACAGUGCGAAUAACCUGAAAACGUUCACUGAAAGCGUGCGAAUUACUUUUGGUGACGCUUAUAUUAAUGAAUGUGUAAAAACUGUUUCUUAUUUAAACAAGAAACCAAUGAAACAAGAAGAAAAGGUGCUUUCUACUCAUCAAGGAGAACUAAACAUAAAUCCACAAAAGCGAACGUCGCAAAAUAAUAAAUCCAACCGUAUUGACGAUAUUGUUGACAGUGAAUAUAGAGAAGGAAAACCUCCAGGUUGUUUAAAUACAACAAAAAUGUGUUGUCAUCUGGGAACUCGUGAACCAACUGAUCCAUGGUUUUCAUUAGACCAUCUAGUAAUGAGAGAUACUGGAAGUAAGCCGAAGUUAUCCACGACGUAA